UGAUGGAACUUUCCAACUGGUCAUUGGCCGGGUGCCACGUAUGAUCUAUCCCCAAUUUAUUCUUUGAAGGCGGACGCAGCAAACUUGACCCGAUUAGAGCCUCGGGAAUGCAUCGACGAGUAUAUCGACAUAUUAAAGUCAACUAGGGCUGUCUUGAUCGUCGCCCGAAACAUGACAAGUAUUCAGAACAACGGCUCCUCAUUGGUCGAUGGCUGGAUGACUGGGUGGGAUUACUGGGAUGCAGGCAACUACUGGGUGUGCUCUGCAUAUGAUCCGGGGUAUUAUACCUUGGUCUGUAGCCGAGAAUGGGCGGACAGCCUUGUCGGUGACUCGGUAAUCAAUGUUGGGGACAGCAAAUCAAAGCAGCCAAACAUUAUAGUCGACUAUUGCUUAGUAGGCGACGAGGGCAAUAAUGAGGAGAGAUGCGGAUUGCACUACAGCACUUAUAUCUUGGCUAUCGUCUGCACCUGCACCUCUCUGGAGUGCUUACUCGUUUUCUGGACAGGCAAACAUUUUCGCUACGACAAAGAGGCCGGCAGAGUCAAAAGACGUCGACGGACUCUGGUCACCAUGGGAGACGCAAUAUGCGAUUUCCUAUAUGAGCCUGAUUACCACAUUAGUAAACCUUCUUGCCGAGUUCGAGCCGUGCCUUGGUUGGAGCGCCGGCAUUCCUGGUUUAAGGCAGUCAGCGCCAGUACAUGGAUCGUUUCAUCCAUUCUAUUUGCUAUCGGGCUAGCACUACCUACCGUUUUCAUGAGCCAAUACGUUAGUCAUCUCAGUAGCAUAGGCGUGAACAUGUCCCUGUCCAGUAUUUGGCAGAUGGGCUUCAAGGUCAACUCAACACUAAUAGGCUAUUCGUUCUGGCGAACUACUAACAAAGCCGUGGAUCUGAUUGGGAACAUCCUUGUUGCGAACAGUCCUCAGGUCAUAGUGAGUUUCAUCUAUCUCUUCUUUAACAACAUCUUGACUAGGCAGCUCGUGGCAGACGAAUGGACGCGCUUUCUUCGAGAAGAUGGGAAGAAGACCCUUCGUGUAACCUCGCCUGUUGGAUUGCAACGGUCCUCAUACUUCCUCUCGUUACCGAUGAAGUACUCAAUCCCCCUGACGAGUGCUUCGGUCGCGUUGCAUUGGCACAUUUCGCAGAGCAUAUUCCUUGUUCAGGCCAGUACGUUCGGCGCUGGCUCCAAGGGAGAGUGGUUAUCUGAGUUUGAUGUGUCGGCCAGGGGAUAUUCUGUUCUGGGUGUCAUAUCCGGUGUUAGCUUGGGAGCUGUCUUAGUGUUAGCACUUGUGAUAAAUAGUUUCGCAAGGAAUUUUCGGGAUAUUCCUGCCGGAUUCCAACUUCUAGGGAUGAAUAGUGCCGGCAUUGGCUUGAUGUGCCAACGGCCAGCGGACGACACGGAUGCGUAUCUAUUUCCUGUUAGCAUUGGCGUUGUGCCUGACCGGGAUGCACGUACCCAAGGCAGGCUUGCGUUCUCUACAUAUAUUGGACUCCAGCGCCCACGGGCCGGAUGCCUGUAUUCACAACCUCUCUUAGUGAAACGCGGGAAAAGGGUAACGAGUGGAAUGUCACGUCUUAAGAGGAAGGUCAUACAGCUCGUGGCUAAGCUGAAAGAUUUCCUGCGGGGAGAUGUUAGAGAAUAUGAUGUGGCGUUCGAUACAAUGAACUAGGAAGCAUUUUCCGCCGAGGAAUUAUGAAAAAUAUGCAGCGAUUAAAACAAGUCAGGUAGUUACCUAGGUACCUAGGCGCUAGGUUAGGUAGGCAGAAGGACGUCAAAAAAAGUGUUACUGUGCGUAGUCUCAUAGAAUGG